UGGUAUCAGAGGUCUAGGGUUUCUCGAUCUCUCUCCGCUGCGCCCUUACUGUAGAUUUCCAUCUUUCUUCGCCUCCUAUUCCUCUCUCUGUCGUGCUUCUUCUCUUGCAACGAUAUCUCAAUCCAAGAACUUUCACCCAGCUCUUGUUGUAUCCAACAUUAGGAAUCACAUUCCUAUUAUUCUUGAAAUGGAGAACGUGCAAUACUCAACAUGGGCGGAGUUGUUUAAGGUCCAUGCAUGUUCGAACAGGGUCUUACAUCACAUCAUCCCCUCUGAUCAAAGCAAGGAGAAGGCUGCUGAGGGAGAUUACGACAUGUGGUCUACCCUUGAUGCCAUGGUCUUAUCAUGGAUCUACGCCACAAUUUCUAACGAUCUCUUGCACAUCAUUCUUGAACCAGAUGCUACAGCAAUGGAAGUUUGGAAUCGUCUGCGGGACAUAUUCCAAGAUAAUAAGCAUUCUCGUGCGGUCACUCUUGAGCAUGAUUUCUCCACCACUGAGUUGGAACACUUUCCCAAUGCCUCGGCAUAUUGCCAACGGCUAAAGUCUCUGGCCGAUCAAUUGAAGAAUGUUGGGGCUCCGGUGUCUGACAGUCGUCUUGUACUCCAACUUGCCUCGGAUCUUACUGCUAUAUAUCGUGGUGUGGGUACGAUGAUCCGACAAAGUAAUCCACUUCCUCUGUUUUAUCAAGCCCGUUCAAUGCUUACUCUUGAAGAGUCUGGGUUAGCCAAAGAGGCAACUAUGGCUUCUGAAUCCGACAUGGUAGUUGUAUCAAAUGAGGACGAUGAUUUCUCCUCCUAUGGGACAAGUGAAAGGGCAGCAACAAUCUGGCCAGAAGCAGAACAAUCAAGGCCGAAAAAAUUCAGGUGGCCGCGGCCACGGUGGAGGCAAGCAGAACAAGGGCGGCUAUGGUGGUCGUCCUGGCAAGGGUGGCUUGCACGGCCAGCAGCAGUGAGCUUCGAAUUGGGGAUGGGCUCCGUUUCCUAA